UAUUUCUUUUAGAAAAACUUUUUGUUAAGACUUGCACGUCAUACCUUUGCUGUUUACAUUAUUUUAUUACACAUUAAAUUGAACUAGCUAGCCCAAACGAAACUCAGUCUCUCGCUUCUUUUUUUCGAGAAAAAAAACACUUUUAACCACUGCACCAGGUCUCUAGCUUCUUAAUCUGUCUUCUCUUCAAUCUAUCUUUCUAUCUCACCCUGAUCAGCCAUGGGGGAAGAACCACUGCUUCAGAAACUCAGGAUUCAAGAAGACAUCGAAUCAGCCAAACACAAACUUGUUAACGACGACGUUGACGACGGUGAUGGUCCAGUCACUUUCAUUUUACUCUUCACAACCUUCACCGCUCUCUGCGGCACCUUCUCUUAUGGCACUGCCGCCGGCUUUACGUCACCAGCUCAAUCUGGGAUGAUGGCAGGACUAAACCUUUCUUUGGCUGAGUUCUCUUUCUUUGGAUCCAUAUUAACAAUUGGUGGACUUGUGGGAGCCGCGAUGUCCGGAAAACUCGCUGAUCUCCUUGGUCGGAGAGGCGCUUUAUGGGUUUCAAACUCGUUUUGCAUGACCGGCUGGCUUAUGAUCGCCUACUCUCAGGCGGCUUGGUCCCUUGAUAUCGGAAGACUUUUUCUCGGCGUUGCAGCUGGUUUAUCUUGUUACGUGGUACCAGUCUACAUUGUAGAAAUCUCACCCAAACAAAUCAGAGGCGCGUUUACUGCGGUUAAUGCGCUUGUGAUGUCUUCUAGCGUCUCCAUUACAUUCCUCGUUGGAUCAGCCACUUCAUGGAAAACAUUAGCUCUUAUAAGUACGGUUCCUUGUGUUUUAGAAUUCGUUGGUUUAUUCUUUAUACCGGAGUCUCCUAGGUGGCUGUCUAGAAAUGGUCGGGUAAAAGAAUCGGUAGCUGCACUCCAACGUCUGCGAGGAAACAACACUAAUAUCACGAAAGAGGCUGCAGAAAUCAAAAUAUACAUGGAAAAUCUUCAAGAAGAAUUCAAAGAAGAUUGCUUUUUCGAGCUCUUCAAACCACGAUACUCUCGUGUUAUUAGUGUGGGAAUUGGAUUGCUAGUACUGCAACAAGUCGGAGGCCUCAGUGGCUAUACAUUUUACAUGAGCUCGAUAUUUCACAAAUCAGGGUUUCCUAACAACAUAGGAGUAUCAAUAACGAGCGCGGUGCAGUUGGUGACAAGCAUUUUAGGAUUAAUAAUCGUGGAUAAAUAUGGGAGACGGUCCCUUCUAACGGUUGCGACGGUCAUGAUGUGCAUGGGGUCAUUAAUCACAGGACUAUCGUUUUUAUUUCAGAGCUAUGCUUUACUCAACAACUACACCCCAAUUUCAGCACUCAUUGGAGUGUUGGUUUUUUUCGUUUCCAUCACAGUCGGAAUAGGAGGUAUUCCAUGGGUCAUGGUCUCCGAGAUGACACCGAUAAAUGUAAAGGGAUCGGCAGGAACGCUAUGCAAUCUAACGAGCUGGUCCUGCAAUUGGUUCGUAUCCUACACAUUCAACUUUCUCUUCCAAUGGAGUACUUCUGGUAAUUUAUAUCGUUUUUCUUUCCAAUAAAUAACUAAUUCUAAUUUCACUUCUUAGCAAAAAAAAAAAAUUCUAAUU